UACACGCGAAUCCCAGCCACCAGCCACUUUCUUCCCUACCGGGCGAACGCCUCCUGCUUGUCGCUCGGCGACCCCCUGCCCUGUCGCCUUCGUGACCGAAGAUCCUCGCUGGCCGACUACCUUCCCUCUCGGCCCGAAACUCUCGCCUUCUUGACCGGACAGCAGGGCUGGGGUUCGGAUUUAGGGUUUGUGAAGCGCGAAGUGCGGUGCGAGUGUGACUGUGCGAACGCCGAACGACAACGAGAAGGCGAGAAGGGGGCUGGGGCUAGCAAAUCCAGGGGAAGCUAAAAGGUUGACGCUCCCUUGGGAUUUCGCUGAUUGCCAAGCCAACAAAGUACAUGGCACUAUUUCGAGACCGUAUUGCUAGAGAAAUUUGGAGCCACACACGCACAACUGAGUAUACUAAUUAGCAUAUUGAAAAGUUAAAGGCCAUGCAUAAGGAAAACAAUAUUGGUGAUUCUCCGACAAAUUCGACAACCCGGCUUCGACAUCGCAAACGUUCUAGUGAGGUUCCAGCAGAGGCCUCCAAAUCCGAUGGAUCUCAAUUUCUUGUCAACGACCCCAAAAAGUACAAGUCAAUGCUCGUCAGGACAUAUUCAUCUAUUUGGAUGAUAGGAGGCUUUAUAUUUAUUAUCUACAUGGGCCAUCUGUACAUUUGGGCUAUGGUGGUUGUAAUCCAAAUCUUUAUGGCAAGGGAGUUGUUUAAUCUACUCAGAAGAGCUAAUGAAGAUAGACAGCUUCCAGGAUUCAGGCUUUUGAAUUGGCAUUUCUUCUUCACUGCUAUGUUGUUCACCUAUGGACGAUUUCUUAGCCAACAUCUUGUUAACACCAUAACUACAGAUAAAUUGUUAUAUAGACUCGUGAGCUGGAUUGUCAAAUAUCAGAUGUUUAUCUGCUACUUUCUUUAUAUUGCAGGCUUUGUGUGGUUCAUCCUUACCUUGAAGAAAAAGAUGUACAAGUAUCAAUUUAGCCAAUAUGCAUGGACGCAUAUGAUUCUUCUUAUGGUGUUCGCACAAUCAUCUUUCACUGUAGCAAAUAUAUUCGAUGGGAUAUUAUGGUUUCUUUUACCAGCCUCUCUUAUUAUCAUCAAUGACAUUGCUGCAUAUUUCUUUGGAUUCUUCUUUGGGAGAACACCAUUGAUUAAACUCUCUCCGAAAAAAACUUGGGAAGGCUUCAUUGGUGCGUCAGUGACAACUAUUUUCUCUGCAUUUUUGUUGGCGAAUAUUUUUGGCCGCUUUCGAUGGUUAACAUGCCCAAGAAAGGACUUGUCUACAGGAUGGCUUUCAUGUGAUCCUGGUCCUAUGUUUAAGCAUGAAAUUUAUUCCUUGCCCCAAUGGGUACCUCAAUGGUUUCCUUGGAAGGAGAUAUCAAUUAUGCCUGUCCAAUGGCAUGCCUUAGCUCUGGGUUUGUUUGCAUCUAUUAUAGCACCAUUUGGAGGAUUCUUUGCCAGCGGUUUUAAAAGGGCUUUCAAACUAAAGGAUUUUGGUGAUAGUAUUCCAGGACAUGGUGGCAUCACAGAUAGAAUGGAUUGUCAAAUGGUCAUAGCUGUGUUCGCAUACAUAUACUAUCAAUCCUUCAUCAUGUCUCAGAACUUCUCAGUUGAGAUGAUUCUUAACCAGAUAUUGAGAAACCUCAGCCUGGAAGAGCAACAACUUCUGUACAUGCAACUCGCCAAAAUCAUAAACGAAAGACAGUUUGUGCAGUCUUGAAUCACUCACUCAUUGCUGCUCCUUUCAUCACCUGUACAUGUGAUUAUCAUCCAUUGUCUGAUUUUCUCACUUACUGAAUGGCUCAUAUUUUACAAACCUGAGCUUGUACAGUCUUUGAAACUGUUACGUCAUUUGGUUGCAGUUCAGAGAGGUCUGCCCAUUCUUUGAAGCACUAUUGUUGUCUCAGUGGAUCUUCUUCUAAUGCCUAAUAUAGCCAAGCAUAUUUGUCUGAUGCAGUUAUUAUUACUUCAGGAUUUCAUGUAUUAGUAGCCUUUGGCCUUAGCAGCAUUAUUAUUUUUUGUUUGGGAUAAUUACUUACAGACCACCCAAAAUAUUGAUAUUUACUAAUUAACUACACCGGUGAUUUUUUGGCAAAUUAUUGAGAAUCUGAUAAAAAUGAAAAAUAUAUGUUGGGAUUUUACCAUGAAUUUUGAUAUUUGAGUUAGAAAUUGAAAAAUGGAUGAAAGAGGGUGGUUGAUUUGUAAAUACCAAGUUUUGGGUGGUCUGUACGUAAUGGCCCCUUUUUGUUUAUAUUCUCUCUAUUGGCAGUAAUUUAAGGGGAACAUUCAGGAAAGGGGCCGUUGGUGUAUUAAUGCUUGGGAGCUUACCUCUAUCUUUGUAACCUUGCUUAAUAAUCUAAUUGUCUUAAUUGUUGUCUUAAUGUUCUUUCUGGAAUUAUUUUUGGUGAAAAAAAGAAGAGGU